AUGGCUUCAGAAACCGAGGAGACCUCCAAAAUCGACUCUGAGAAGUUCUACAGCGAAUACAAAGGCCACCCCAUCAGCGACUUGGCCAAAUUCCGCGCCAUCACGCUCACCGAGCGCCCUGACAAACCCAUCAUCUACCUCGCCGGCGACUCCUCCCUCGACAACAAAUUCUGGAUCAAAGAACCCCUCAAAGAUGCUGACCCCUCUCAAAUCCCCUCCAUCUACCACUCAACUCUCGCCUCCCCCAUGACCCUCAUCCCAGACGUAGCAUACUGGCUCAACCACGCACUCUCCACCCGCGCAACAUGCAUCAACACGGCCAUCGAAGAAUCUCUCCUUCGCGAGCGCGACACCGAUCUCCUCCCGCACGACGCCUUCAUCCGCUCCAACAUCCGCGCCAACGACAUCCUCGUCGUCAGCGUCGGCUGCAACGACAUUGCGUUCAGCCCCACCGUUGAAACCAGCGCGCACAUGUUCCAACUCGCGUGGCUUACCCCGCGCAAAUCCAUCGAGGACGGUUCCGCAUGGGGCCUGCCUUACUUCCGCAACAUGUUCGGUACAAAAAUCCAGACUUACAUCUCCCGCCUCACGGCCGAGACCAAACCCCGUGCUGUUGUCGUCUGUAUGAUUUAUUUUCCGCUAGAGAGUGGCAGGGGGCAGAGUGGCUGGGCGGAUGGGAAGCUGAAGCUGCUGGGGUAUGAGAAGGAUCCUGGGCAGUUGCAGGCGGCGAUUAGGGAGAUGUAUAGGAGUGCGACGGAGGAGAUUAAGGUGGAGGGGGUCGAGGUGCGGCCGUGUAAGCUGUUUGAGGUGUUGGAUGGGAAGGAUGCGGUGGAUUAUGUGGAGAGGGUUGAGCCGAGUGCGGAGGGGGGGAGGAAGAUGGCGGAGGAGUUUUUGAGGAUUUUGGAGGGGGUUUGGGGGGAGGAAGCGGGAAAGGAGGGUGAGUAG